AUGAUUCCAGAAAGUAGCAAAGUGUUUAUGAAAUUAAGAGUGGCACCACAUGAAAGUAAACACAGUGUGGUAUAUAAUGGAAUUAGUGCCAAUGACUGGUUAUGUCCAGGUGGAAUUAGUUCAAAACAAAAGAAUGAUUCAUCCAGUGUGAGUAUUGAAGCGUUAUCCAAAAGACCCCAUACUGCUAAUAGCAUUCUUGUGAUCAAACAUAAUCCACAAUAUCGCGGUUUAGAGAAGUAUGAGACAUUAACUGGUAAUAGUUACAAUUCCAGAAGCGGAAGUGGCUCACAGACUUCAGAUAGUGGCUUUGUCAGACCACCAACGUCCAUAAAGAGACCUGUGACUGCUUUUAGUUCAAGGACUUUGAAAAGAGGGAUCGCUCUUGCGACUCAUUACAACAUUGCUAGUAACAAUUCAAAGAAUGCAGAUUUAGAUUUGACUAUUCAGUCGUCGCAUUGCAAGGACGUACAGUCCAGAAAAAUAUGUUGGGAUGUUACGCCUGAAGUCAGCAAAGUUGAUCCGACCAAAGAGACGUUUGAUACCAUAGAGGGGAUAAGAAGAAGCUACCAAACACGAGCUCAGUCAGCACCAGCUUGUGUUAACAGAACCAGAACCCAAACUGUAACCCAAGAUUAUAGAACCAAGACUAACCUUUAUUGGCGAGCUAAAUCAGCAUACCACAGAAGGAAUAUGACUAAGGAAGAUUCAACCGAAGAUGGUAGCAAAUAUAAAGCAAAUCAUCAAAAACAAGAGCAACAUGGAUCUCUCCUUAGACCUCUUCUGUUUUCAUCAGAUGGUGUUAUUAAACACAGUGCUGGUUGUCCGUAUAAAUGCAAGGGAUGUUUCAAAGCUUGUCUAGUAUCACAGGAUUAUCUAAACAGAGACCAGGAGGCAUCACAAGCUUCGUGGAGAAAACAAAGAAGAAUAAAACGUGGACCAGGAUUUGCAGUGGAGUUUGCUUUAGCUAAAAGUCAGCCUUUGUAUCAGCUUCUUCAUAAUCACAAAAAUGGUGGAAUUAAACCAUCCGAAGAUAGCCAAACCAAAAUAGUUGACGACUCAAAUGGAACCGAGACCGUUAACAAAACUACUCCAAAUCAAGCUGAACGAAAUCACAGAUUGGGCCAACGGCCGAUGAAUACCAAACCAUACCAGCAACCCGAGAGGGAUAUUAGUAAACCUAAUGAUCCAUGUUCAGAGAAAGAUCAGUGUAAACCUUCAGAGAAGAAUCAAAGUAACCAACUGGAGGAAAUUGAUCUGAGUAAAUUACGACAGCAUGAUGAAGAUAAAGCAAACCAACAGGCUGCGCAAACCAAAAUAACAACCCAAAACUCCAAGCCAGGAUUAGAGCAAUCUCAAAGUAUCAAUGUACAUAAACCAAAAUAG